GACAAGGUGGCGGCCUCUCUCAGAUCUGUGCUCCUGGGGCUCCCAAGGAACAUCUUUCUCCAGGGGCUAGCUCUCCAUCUCCCUACCCUGUGUACCCCCUCACCGAACAGUGCGGUCAGAGAGCCACCCGGCGUCGCAGUUGUCAAAGCCGUCCUCAAAGGCAGCCUGCAGGUGCCGCGGGGCUGCAAUGGUGGCUGAGUUGAGACGACAGGCCUCCUGAGCCUCAGCAAAGACCAAGCCAGAGAACCAGCAGGAGAAGACUCUCAAGUUAAAAGGCUGCCCCAUCUUGUCAGUUCUCCAGACCCCAGCCUCUCCCACCUCACGAGCAAACUCACCCUGCUCCCCAGCCACAAAGAGAAGCAUCUGCAGAGUCAGGAGGCCUGAGACCCAGACAAACAAGGCCCCCAUCCUGGACCUGAAACAAGAUGGAGAGGGAGUAAGGGAUAAGGAAACUGGCUCAGAGAGCUCAACGUAUUUGUCCAAGAUCACACAGCCAAUGAGUGAAUGGCCUAACCAAGAUUUGAACCUGAUCUGGACUCUCCAGGGUCCAUACUCUUCCUAAAUUCCUCUAGAGGUGAGGACGCGUAGAUUCUGAGGCGUGAAACAGGGCCGCCGUGUGAAUCCAGGGGCCUGGAUUCGACCCGGACUGAGCCCAGCCCUGAGUCCUGCGAGGCUUUGUGGAACCGAGAUGACCCACUCUUUGGUUUGUCCAGAGACAGUGAGCAGGGUAAGUUCGGUGCUGAAUCGGAACACUAGGCAGUUUGGCAAGAAGCACCUCUUCGACCAGGACGAGGAGACGUGUUGGAACUCGGACCAGGGUCCCUCCCAGUGGGUAACACUGGAGUUUCCCCAGUGCAUCUGUGUCUCCCAGCUGCAGAUCCAGUUCCAGGGGGGCUUCUCCAGUCGCCAGGGCCGCCUGGAAGGUUCUCUGGGGAGUGAGGCUCUUAGCAAGAUUGUGGAUUUUUACCCUGAGGACAACAACUCACUUCAGACCUUCCCAGUGCCACCUGCUGAGGUGGACCGGCUGAAGGUGACGUUUGAGGACACCACUGAUUUCUUUGGCCGAGUGGUCAUCUAUCACCUACGUGUGCUAGGGAAGAAGGUGUGAGGCUGCUGAGUGGCUGCCUCCUCCAAGAAGCACAGCAAAGUCCUUCAAGUUCUGCACAGAAGGUUUAUUGGUUCCUCUUGGAAAGGGCCCCCUCCCACCGUCUGUCCAGGAGCUGCCUUUGAAGCCGGUUCUGGGUUCCCCCAGCUCUGGGUCAACCAUUUUGUUCCCUGAGUGUCUUGAGUCCUUGGUGGGCGGUGUUUACUCGGGGUCGGCGGGCACCAGGUUGCUCUGGAAGAGUUUAAGGAUGUGGUUCUCGAUCACCUGUUGCACUGGAAACAGAACAGGCGAGAGGUGGGCCAUGAACUGAACAGUGGCUGCAAAGAUACAGGCCAACCUGUACCUUCCCCUCAGGGUGUGAGCAGGGGCCUCAGCCCUGGGGCCUGGAUGGAGGACCCAUUUCCUCCUCAAGUAGAUCAGAUCCUUGCCAGAGAACAGCUGGGAAGACAGGCCUCUACCCUAGGAACCUCAAUUUCCCCGAAGUUUGUAAAAAUGCAUUUUUGGAGGUUUUUCAGUUAUAAAAAUAUUCCUUACCCAA